CUCUCCAUUCGUAGUACAUCGGCUUUACGUGGUUGUUAACAGAUAGGUACUUAGCCUUGGGUGUGUUGUGAUUAUUGGUAGGCUUGCUUUCUCUAGUUGUAGAUAAAAAGUACUUUGUACAUAGUAGGUGAGCUAUUAUUAACUUGUUCAUAUCUAAACGUUUAUCAGGACUGUGUUAAAUACUCCAAAGCCUCCUCCUGCAAAGUAAAAAAAAUAACGAAAUUUGGAGUGCCCAGACGACCGUUAUCAUGUUUGUAAAUCGUUCAAUGUCUCGAUCAAUCCAUACCAUCGACUGCUAAAUCAUUGACAGCCUAUGUACGACCUACAUACAUUCGACCGGGCAAAGGUCAAUAUCGCUUUUGGAAACGUUUGACGGCCAAUUGGAUGGAUGAGUAACACUUCGUAUCGCUGUUUAAUUAGAUUAGGACGCGGUUUGUUCGCAGCUUGAGUUUCUAUACUAUGUAGACAUGUGAAUUGCAAACCGAAUAAUCCCUGAAAAGAUGACCAGGCAAGACAUGAUAAGACAUGAUUCACAAGCAUCGUAUAUCCCGAACUGGCUCGAGUGUCAUAGAAAACCUGUCAUCAUGAUCCUGCGGCUGUACUCAAGUCUCAUCCUCCUCUGGGACUUUUUCAUCAUUUUAGUGUAUUUUGCCAUGCAACUGCUGCGUUCACUUUAUCAGAUGGUCCGCCCUCCGAAGAGAAAACCCGUGGCCGGCGAAAUUGUGGCAAUAUUUGGAUCAAGUCGAGGAAUCGGACGUGAUUUGGCCAUUCAGAUGGCCGAAUUGGGCGCCAAAGUAGCUUGCGUCGACAUUAACUCAAUCGAUAAUGACACACUGGUUAAGAGUAUAAACAGUAGUGGUUACAUUGCUCAUGCAUUCGAAUGUGACCUGACGAACAAAAACGAUGUCAUACGCACAACGAAUGCCAUUGAGAAACGUUUUGGAUACAUUACCAUACUUUUUCACUGUUGUGGGGUUCCUAGUGCAAGGUCACUUAUUACCGAACCCCCUCCAAUUCAAACCACUCUGAACCUGAGUGUCAUCUCGCACUUCUGGCUACUGGAAGCGAUCCUUCCGAAAAUGAAACGCAACAAUCACGGUCACAUCGUGUUUUUGACAUCGGUGGCGGGUCUUAGUGGGGUCAAGCACCAGACGCCCCUGUCCGUAGCUCAGUUCGCCGUUCAGGGACUGUUCGAGUCGGUUCUCGAUGAGUUGCGAAUCGAGAAAUUCCUCCGAACCAUCUCCAUCUCCCUGGUGCACUUGUACCCGUUCGUCCUGACUGAAAACUGUCGCAACGAUAUCCGGAUGCGCAUCCCGUGCGCCUUUGGGACUAUCCGAUCCGAUGAAGCUGCCCGCAGGAUCAUCGACGGCGUCCGUCGCAAUGAGCUGGAGAUUAGCAUUCCCAAGUACUGUCUGGCGUUGGGUCACUUGCUGAAACUGUUGCCCAGGCGUGCGACGUUGCUGCUUCGCAAUCUGUUUGAUACCGGGGUGGAUUUUUAGUAUCUUCCACCACCACCACUACGGAUGAUGCAGUUUAUUCUUGUUUGCCAUAAAGUUAUUCAUAUUAUUGGUUGUUUCUGUUGUUGCUAUAUCUACAUAGAAUUUAGAAAGCAUGUUACCUAAGACUUGAAAUAAUUGUUGUAGCGUAAGGUUUAUAUACGACUAGUUAGGAGUUAUCGGAUCCAAUGUAUAAAGACAUGAACCAGUGAUGAAUUUAGAUUAAAAAGAACAUCAAUUGAAA